GCUGCAGCGUUGCUCGGGAGGCGACGUGGGGCUGGGCGCGGAGCUGCUGACUUGGGGUGAGCGGCCGGGCAGAGCGCCCCCAGGAUGCUGCGGUUCCUGCGGAGGACCUUUGGCCGGCGGUCAAUGCAGCGCUACGGGCGAGGUGCCGGGCGAGGUGGGCUUGGCGGCGAGGGGGGCGAGGGGGACGGGGGCUUGCGAGGAGGUGCCCCCCCCGCCGCCGUCAGCUCGGGAGGCUUCCCUUCCUCGCCGCAUCCUGGAGGCGUCGUGCACAGUGCCGGAGCCCCCGUUCACAUCCCGGCGGCCGGCGGCAGUAAACCGGUGCUGCAGUGCCGCGUCCUCUUGCUGGACGGGACCGAAGUCAACGUGGAGCUACCGAAAAAUGCAAAGGGACAGGAGUUGUUUGACCAGAUUGUAUAUCAUUUGGACCUUGUGGAAACUGAUUACUUUGGCCUACAAUUCACGGAUGCUUCCCAGAUUACACACUGGUUGGACCAUUCAAAAUUCAUUAAGAAGCAAAUUAUAAUUGGACCUCCAUAUACGUUGCACUUUCGAAUUAAGUACUACUCAUCAGAACCAAACAACCUUCAUGAGGAGUUUACCAGGUACCUGUUUGUAUUACAACUUCGACAAGAUAUUCUUUCAGGGAAACUGAAAUGCCCAUAUGAAACUGCUGUUGAGCUGGCAGCUCUGUGUCUUCAAGCUGAACUUGGAGAAUGUGAGCUCCCAGAGCACACACCAGAACUCGUGUCUGAAUUCAGGUUUUCACCAAACCAAACUGAAGCAAUGGAAUUUGACAUUUUUCAGAAAUGGAAAGAGUGCAGGGGAAAGAGCCCAGCACAGGCUGAAUUGUGCUACUUGAACAAAGCUAAAUGGCUAGAAAUGUACGGUGUGGAUAUGCAUGUAGUUAAGGGAAGAGAUGGCUGUGAAUAUGCUCUUGGACUGACACCAACAGGCAUCUUGAUCUUUGAAGGAGCCAACAAAAUAGGCUUAUUCUUUUGGCCUAAAAUCACAAAAAUGGACUUUAAAAAGAGCAAACUAACACUUGUGGUUGUAGAAGAUGAUGACCAGGGCAGAGAGCAAGAGCACACGUUUGUUUUCCGAUUAGACAGUGCCAAAACGUGCAAACAUUUAUGGAAGUGUGCGGUGGAGCACCAUGCUUUCUUCAGAUUGCGAGCCCCCGCAAAUAGUAAAUCUAGUCGAUCUGACUUCAUAAGGCUGGGAUCACGCUUCAGAUUCAGUGGGCGAACAGAGUAUCAAGCAACACACGGGACACGAUUACGAAGAACUAGUACAUUUGAAAGAAGGCCCAGCAGGCGAUACCCUUCUCGAAGACAUUCAACUUUCAAGGCAAACAAUCCUGUGAAAGCUGUACAACUGUGUGCUAAAAAUACACCCGAAGUCCAUAACUACCAGCCACAGUAUCAUUCUAAUAUACAUCCUGCUCAGCCACACUGGCAUACACAUACACCUGUGAAUGUGAGCUAUCCCUUGAACAACAGUGAUCUGCAUCAGUUCAGUGUUGAGGAGAAUGGUGGAGUACCUUAUACUACAAAAAUGCCUUCAAGGCAUCACCACCACCACCACCAUCACCACCAUCACAUGAAUUAUGGCACCCUUGCUCCCGACAGCAAAGACAUUGUUUCUGGGAUUCCAAACCCAAACAAACUGAACUCAGGACUUCCCCUUCUUUAUGAUGAAACUUCUCAUCUGAAGAAAAUAGAAAUGGAGAGUGUGAAGGUAGUUGGACCAUGGCCACCCCUGCACGUCAGCAUGAAUAAGGGUGAAGACAAGAAAGUAUCUGAAAAGACUUUUCAUGUCCCUGUGUCACCUGCAUCGGUACCUGACCAUAUGAAGUGCAACAUCCUUAAAGCUCAAGUGGAAGCUGCUUUUAGAGUAGGCACUCAGGCUAUGAAAGAAGAAACCUCUUUCAUAAAUCCCAGUAAGACCUCCACCCUGCAGGACCCUAAUGUAAGAAGUCCAGCUCCAGUACGACCUGAAACUACUUCAUCAACUGGCCCUACAGAAAAGCAGGAGAUUAAAGUUUCUCGUGUGAGGAAGUUAACAAGGCAGUACAGUUUUGAUGAAGAUGACCUUCCUCCAGCACUGGCAGCAGCAGCAGCAGCAACAUCAACAACUGUGUCUUCAUCAUCUCCUGGGUCACAGAAAGCAUGUACGCCACAGAUGUCAGAAGGGAAAAUACAGGUUUCACCUGGUAGCAAGAGUUCCACAGAUGCUGGAAGUGCAUUUGCUUUGGAGCCAGGUGACCUCCUGAUGGAUUUCACAGAGGCCACACCUAUGAUAAAGACAUUCCCUGCUGAUACAUCUAAUCCUUUUUUCGAUCCUUUUACAACAGUACCACAGUUUUCUGCAGAAUUUACAGACAGCAAAUUGCAAUGCUGUGCAGUGCAGUCAUCUCCUAAAAUAGCACUGGGAACUCCAUCACCCGGACUGAGAACUUUGGCAGAGACUAUACCAACUCCAACAGUCCAGACAAUAUAUACAUCACAGAAACCAAUUUUGCUGGCAGACAGUGCUGAGACUCUGAAGCGUGAACUUGAGAGAGAGAAAAUGAUGAAAAGACUGUUGAUGACAGAAUUAUGAAAUUCACACUUCCAUCAGAUGGAGAAUGGAUUGGGGCCUUUCACGUGCCUUCUGUCUGUUUACAUUCCUCUGCUUCUGUGUACUCAACGUAACACAUCGGGAAAGUGUAUGGUAAUCUUGGCUCUCCUGGAUUCACCAUGGUUGGUUAAAAUUAAGUCUUGGCUAACUUCAAGGAGUUCCUUUAUUCAUUUGCUGAUGGGAAGUAAAACUUCAAUCCUUUAUCUCACCUGAGAUUUUACACUUUAAAACAAUUAAUUUGGUUUGGUAAAUCUAGGUCAAAAAGAUCAGCAAGGCAUGUACUAAUUUCUAUGGGAAAACACUGUUCUGUACAUAUGUUAAUAAGUAUACAGAAAUUAAUGUUAUGCAGAAUAUUUUGAUAGUAUCAUAGAAAAUAUGUCAUUUUGUACAAAUGAAAAUUGCAAUGAGAAACUGCUAUUUGUUAAAGAACCAUUUUUAAACCAGAAAGAAUGAAUAUUACAUCCUAACUCCAGGACUGUUGGUCCCCACAGAAAAAUUCCUAAGCUUAACCUUCACUCAGAGAUACAAAUAGCUGCAAAGGGGAAAGACACCACACCAUGCAGUUAUGGACACCUGGCUCCCUGUAGUUUGUCAUCUUGACCUAACCUUCAGCUAAAUCUUACUCUAUUUCCCUUAAUGAAAAAAAAAAUCAGUUAUUUAAUGUAAUUUGCUACUUAUUUUCUAUCUUGAUACUACUUUUAUAAACCAAGUAAGAAUUCUCACCUUGUCCAGGUUGCCUAGACAUUAGGGUUCACCUAUACCCAGACAACUUCUGCUCAGAAGUGAAAGUUGCAGAGCCUAAGCAGUAUGGAAGUAGCUUGCACGAGGAUAACUUUUUCCUUCCUAGGUAAAUAAACGACCUUCCUAAGUGACAUGACUUGAUAGAUCACUUUAAAUAAUAAUAUCAAUAAUAGUUUAUGGCUUAGCUGUGUCUAUAUGCAUUUUUUCACUCUACUAAAGAGCAUAUGUGUACUGGGAAACAGUACUGUGGAGGGUUUGUUUAGCUAUAUGUCUUAUUCACCUCUAGGAUGCAAGCAGUGGAGCUAUCUCCAUCAGGUGUGGUGGCUUGUCCAGCACUAGCAGAAUUAGAGUAUGUGUUUAUAGUGCACAGGUGAUGCUAUCAACGAUUUCCUGGGUGUGUGGGGAGAAGUUCUCCAUUUCCCCCAGUUCAGUAGUGCAGAGUCAUCUAGAAAGCUACCAACAACUGAUUGUCAGCUACAAGGUACUCUUCCAAUGGGAAAGCUUUUGUGCUUUUUGUGCUGAAGAAGUAUAUUUUUUCUGUUACUCUGUACACUACAUUCUCUUCUUUGUGUUAAGAUAAAAGAUUUCCCUUAAUUUAAUAUUGAUUACAAUGGCUUCAUCUCAGCUUAAGCAGUUUGUGUAGAGGCUGGGAAGUGGUUGCUGUGAGACUGAGUUUCCUUCAGAAUUAGCUUGUGCUCUUCUUCUGAAAUGAGAAUUCUUGGGAACAUCUCAAGACUCUGGAUUGCAAUAUGGAAGGAUUUUUUAUAUUAUGGCUGGUUUAUAUUUAGUGGGCAAAAAAAGUAGUGCUAGGCUCCCCAGCUAUUUCCACCAAACUCAAACCUCUCUGGCUGUUGUAAAAUGAGACGAACAGCACAACUGUUGGGCAGGAACUCGUAACACACAAAGUAAUGGAGUAGCUCAACAUAAGCAGUGGGCAAAAGGAGCCAUAGAAACACAUCUGGACCACAGAUUUCAGAGUGCUCAGGUAACUUUGCUGGGUAAACAGGUAAUCAGGUAACUGUCCACCUAGUUACAAUGCUAGGACAUUUCUGUUCAUUGUAUUUUAUUGUACUUCCCCAAAGCUAUUCAAAAUUGAUUUAGGAACAUUAAAGCCCUUUGAAGAAAUCUGAAAGGUGAGAAAUGCAGCAUCUUACAUGUGCUUUUACUUCUUUCUCACCACAUCCCAGAAGGAACUGGGGUGGGAGGAGGGAGGGGAGAAGCAGCAGGACACGUUAUCUGUGAUCAAGUGAGCAUUGUAAAGAACAAAUAAAGGGAAGAGGUGCUCUUUUGGGAGAGGAAAACAAAGUAAUAUUGAGAAUGGCAAAUUACUGAUUCUAGCUGAAUCUGGUCUGCCAGCUGUUUAGCAGGCCCCGACUGUGUUUCAACUGGUGGCAGUUUUGCAAAGUCAUUGUAAAGGAAAAAACAGGAAAAGCAAAUCUUAACACACACUUCAGUCAUACUGAUUGCCAGGGAGUGGACUUUGGGAGCCCUGCAAUAUGCCUUCAGAUUUGCAGGCAAACAUAUCCAAUUACCCAUGCUAGGACAGUCAGGUCAUGUAAGUGAAAGCUUUUAACAAAACUGAAUACCUGACUCAAACCAGACCAUCAGAUAUUCUGGCCCAUAAUCAAGCCAUUAGUUUAGUAUUUUAAAUGCAACGUUUUGCUUCUGUUCUUAUGGUUUGUGUGUUCCCCGCCCCCCCACACUUUUGAAAUCACCCAGACUAGACUCAGUUGUCUCUGGAAAUAUGAAUGAAGCUAUUUAUUUACAGCUAGCACAAUAUACAAGCAGAUAUUUACAGUAUAUACAGUUACAUACAGAAAUAUACAAGGUAAAAGGUAAUACAGCAACACAACUCCCCUCCCAGAAACCUGAGUCCCCAGGAGGGGAUCUCAACCACCCCUGCACCUUCCCCUUUUCCCUCUCAACCUUACCCCAGUCCCGAGGAAGAAUAGAGGUUGGGCCAGAGGUUAAAAGCAAAGGUGGGUUAGUCCAAAUGGAAGGGUGUGUUAGAGAGAUGCAGCUCAGUCAGCAGCCCAAGCAAGAGUGAGAGAAAAAAUGGUGAGAGUGUUAUCUAAUGUUUUCAUUUCUUCUUCCCAUACUUCUCAGCAAGACGGUGAGUGAAGUAGACAUCACCAUUGUUUUUCCUUUCACAGUUUGUAAUCUAGUUCUUCUCAACAAAACAUUCUAGCUAGCUUCAAACUAGCACAAUUGUAUAAAAAUUCUUCAACUGCAAUAAUCAGAACUGAAAAACAAGAAAUGCAAAGUAUGGUUAUUUUACGGUAGCCAGGUCUGUAUAGCAGAUGCAUGCUCUGACAUUGCUGAGAAAGAGCUGAGACUCCCCUCCUUGAGUCCUACCAGGAGAAGAGGGAAAGGCUGGUGUGACCACUUGGUUCCUGGGAGAGAGUUUCACAGAACAACCCCAAGUACAUUGCCUUGUCUUGUUUUAGCACAAAGCUGGUGAAAGGCCUGGAACACAAAUCCCAUGAGGAGAGGCUGAGGGAGCUGGGGUUGUUUAGCCUGGAGAAGAGGAGGCUCAGGGGUAACCUCAUUGCUGUCUACAACUACCUGAAGGGACGUUGUUGCCAGGUGGGGGUUGGCCUCUUCUCCCAGGCAACCAGCAAUAGAACAAGGGGACACAGUCUCAAGUUGUGCCAGGGGAGGUCUAGGCUGGAUGUUAGGAGGAAGUUCUUGACAGAGAGAGUGAUUUGCCAUUGGAAUGGGCUGCCCAGGGAGGUGGUGGAGUCACUGUCCCUGAAGGUGUUCAAGAAAAGACUGGAUGAGGCACUUAGUGCCAUGGUUUAGCACACGAUUUAAAAUUAAACUUUUAACUGCAGAAUGUCAUCACUUUAUUCCUUCUUACCCUUUCUUCAACCAUGCUUAGGUGUCUUAGUUUUCACAUCCUCUGAAUAAGCAGUUCUGCCUCACCUCUAGUUGGGAAUUACAGUGUUAGGACACCUGUUACCCAAAACUACUAUAAACAAGACAGUGUCAACAUGAACAUAUGCUGAGAUAGUCUAAAUUUGCCCCUACACUUUAACUUUGCAGGAUACUCUGCCUGCAGAUAUGCCAGUAUAAUAACACAGAUGCAUCUGAGAUAGCUUUAAUGAGCUUGCAUAUGUACUUGUGGCAGCAUGAAGCCCAGCACAGGCUAUCAUUAUCAUGUACAUUGACAUAUGUAAUGCUAACACAUUUGAACAGCAGCCUUCUGAAGCAUGGUGGCAAGAGCUGGUGACAGAAAAAGGUUGCUGAAGAGUUUGUCUCUUCAACUCUCCUGGGAAAGAGUUCAUCUCACCUGACAUUAACAUGCCCAGUUCUCACCUGACAAGAGAUCAAAAGGAACUGCCUUCCAGAAGUGCUUCUGUCUCGUCUACCUUUAUAUUGCUCAAAGUUAAGGGUUCAGUUCUACCCUGCAAAAUCUUGCUGACACAACUACAUCACCCAGGGAUGCUUUGAGAUAUGAUUUGUGAUGAAUGUCGCUCUGCCAGCAAAAGCCCUGCACAUUAGGUGGGAAUGCCCUGUUGUCAGAAGAGCUUUCAUCUCUUGUGGGAAGAACAGAGAGCCAGGGAAAUUUAACAAUCGCAUAAGCACAGAGGCUUCACAAUAGUUGUGCCCACUCUGGGAGUAGCUGGUUGUUGAAACCUCCAGCUUUAGUCACACUGGCAAAGCCUGUCCCAGUAAUGGCCCUGGCUUUUAACGGUGCCCCCGAGUUACACUUUAUCCCAGUUAGCAGAUCCUGGUUCUCCAGCAUAAAGUCUCUAAGCAGCAGAAUGCAAUGUUGUCAUGUUUGGGUGAUUCCAGCAAAAUUUAUUGGUAAUUUAAAUAGCUAUGUAAGGAGUUAAAUAUUUUCUCAUGUUCCAGUCUCUUAUGGAAGCCAACCAACCAUGCUUUGUUUUUGGUGUGGUUCAGCUGUUUUCACUAUUUUGUUUUAAAAGACAUAACUGGGUUUUGUUUAGAAGUGUUGAGGUCCUAUAUCUCUAUCAGGUCCCACAACAUGCAGAUUUUUCAUGUUUCAAACAUACUUAGACACUGGAGGCGUAGUGCUUCAAAAUUAACUCUGAAGUUUCAGUUCAUGGCUUCACAACUUUCUUGCAACAGGGUGCCUACAUGCCCAUUUGAAAUGGAGCAGUCAGAUGUUUCACAGGAGGAAGCAUCAUGUUUAAUUUGAACUGUUUACAAAUAUGUUUUGGUUUUCUUUCCUUUAUUGUUCUUGUUUUGUUUGGUUUUGGUGUUUUUUUUUUCCUUCCACAUAUGUUUCUGGCUUAUUUGCUACAAAAUCCUACUCAUAAUUAUGUAAUGAAAUAUUGUUUGGUUUUUUUUCCCUCAAUGUGUUGAUAUUUAAGGAGUUUGCAAUAAAUAUACUGAGACUGAUCAGUAAUUGCAUGUAAGAUCAGCCUUACAACUAUGUUUUGUAAAGUUAAGUGAUGUAAAAGAACCUGUAGAUGACAUAGAGUGGGUGGGAAAGGAGAGAAUAAGUGGAGAAUGAAGCUUCUUUGGCAGCUGCAGUUUUGACUGGUGGGUAGCAAGUUUAAGGUAAGAUGGCUCACAGCAUUUUGUUUCAUCUGAGUAGCAGCAUGUGUCAUCAUUUUGUUGAAAACAUGCCUAGAGAGAAACUUCUAUGGCUCAGCUGUUUACCUAUUCCUGUAUUCAUGCCUGCAAUAAAUAAGAUGAAAAAUAAA